GUUGGUUUUAAAAUAAACUUUAUUUAAACAGAAGUAACUCAAUUUUAGAGUCCACUUGAACAUAAGAUUAGUAUUACAUUAAAUAAAAGAAAGGACAAAAUGUAACUAAAUAACUCGACGGCGAGUAUUGCUGACGUAAAUAUUUUUAAACUCGCACGUAAACACUCAAGCGUCUUCGUGUAGUCUGGAAACCUCGUGGCUGGUCUGUUGCUUUAAAUAUUGCUGCUCUACUAAAGGAUUGUGGGUAAACAAAAAAAUUUCCUUUCGUAAAGGUUUCUCCGAAGUAACCUACGCCAAAGGUGACAUCGAGGCAGCUUUCCUCGGCAUUUUGGAGAACUCGGACGACCUUUCCUCCAAGUACUUCCGGUUUAUGGCGAAUAGGAAAGGAAGGUCCGUUAGCCAAAACAAGAAUCCGAAGAGGGGCCAUUGUGUUGUGCGUUCAUCUCUGUGUUCUUGUGUGCUCGUUUAUAACUGUCUUUUACAUCAAAAUGUUGAAAGAGUUGGUAAGGGAGCGACUCGUUGCGGCCGCCGACGAAAUCUUUGGGCUGUUUGAAAAAACGAUCGCGUCCUACGAGGAGCAACUUCGUCGCGGGAGAGAGGAGACCGAGCGACACCGACGACAACUGGAAGCCGUUUGCAAGACUCAAGUUGUGAUACGCAUCGAAGAUGUCCAACAGCUGAUUGGUCGUCAGGAAGAACUCCCCCCUCAACUGCAAUCGGGGAGCUCCAGUUUGAAGCAGGAUGACCUACAGGACCCCUGUGUUAAAGAAGAAAAGAAGGAUCCACAGGACCCCCGUGUUAAAGAAGAAAAAAAGGAUCCACAGCCUCCCCAUGUUAAAGAGGAAGCGGGAGUGGCUGAUAUCGGCAUGUUGCCACUGACUGGUGUUUCUGCGGAGAGUGAAAACCACGAAGACAAACAACCCGAGUCGUUACAGCUUCAUCAUCACAGCCCAAGUGGAGACCACUGUGGAGGACCACCACCAGACAACCUCUUCACUCCACUGUCGCACAAUGAUGACAUAGAAGAACCUUCGAGGAGCGACGCAUACUGCGAAGGGUCGUGGGUUUGCCAGAGCCUAUCCCAGCUGAUUCUACGCGAGAGGCGGGGUACACCCUGAAGUGGUCGCCAGCCAAUCGCAGGGCACAUACAAACAAACAACCAAUCACACUCACAUUCACACCUCCGGGCAAUUUAGAGUCUUCAAUUAUGCAUUUUUUUGGGAUGUGGGAGGAAACGGGAGUGCCCGGAGAAAACCCAUGGAGGCUUGGGGAGAACAUGCUAACUCCACACAGGCGGGGCAGGGAUUUGAACCCCGGUCCUCAAAACUGUGAAGCAGAUAUGCUAACCAGUCGUCCACCAUGCCUCUCAAAUAGUGAUAUCGGUAAAAUUAAUUGCUUUUUCAAAAGAAAAUUCAGUAAGCCAUGUCUUUACCGCUACUGGUCAAAUAUAUGACACUGACCCAUGUGUAAUACAUAUGUAAUACAUAUGUCAUACAUUGUAUAUGUUUACAUACUGUGUUUAAAAAUGUACAGUAUGGUGUGUGUGUGAAUAUUGCUUCUGUGCCAGAGCAGCAGUUUGGCUCCAAGGACCACAUCCAUGGUGGGAGCCUGUACUAAAAACAGCUCACCAUUGAUGUGAUAUUGUAAUUUCUUAGGAAUGUUGUGGAAAUUAUCAUUUGAAAAUGUAAACACUUGGUUAUAGAAACAAAUUGCUGCAUGUUAAUAUUUUCUGUUUCCUGCCUUGUUAAAUCAUUGUUGGUAAUUACUGUGAUCAUCAGUGGCUUCACAUAGAUGAAUCGUCUUUGCAUCGGUAAAAUUGUGAAGCGUAACAGGUAUGAUUGUAUUUGACUUGGAUUUAAUCCCGGUUGAAGUGAUGCCGUUUUAAAAAAGAAACUUUAUUCAAAACACAAUGAAUACAAUUUUAGAGUCCACUUGAAUACUUGAGCACAACAUUAGUAUUAGAUUAAAUAAAGGGAAAGACAAAAUGUAUUGCUGACAUAAUUAUUUUUUAAAUCUCUAACGUAACACUCAAGCGUCUUCAUGUAGUCUGGAUAUCUCGUCGUUGGUCUGUUGCUUUAAAUAUUGCUGCUCUACUAAAGGAGUCUGGGUAAUGAAUUUCCUUUUGGGGAGAAAGGAAGGCGGAAGUGAAGUGGCUUGACUGCGGGAAAUACAAAAUAUGUUUAUGGUGAAAGAUACAGGACAAAAACGAGGAAGAGCUUGAGGUGUUGCAUACGGGUCAUACCUCGGAGGCGAGGAUCAAUCUUCAAUAACAUGAGAAAAAUCAGCAAAAACGUUGAUUGAACAAAACAGGUUAAAGCGGUUUGUAGCCUGUUUCUGAUUCGUUAUCAGCAUUAUUGUCCUUUAAAAAACAUGGUAUCACAAAGUAGGUCAGAUGCGUUAUUUGAAAUUCACGAGAUAUUGUAUAGAUUAAGUAAAUUAGAGACGAGCGUCAGGUUUAUGUGGGUUCCAGCACAUAAAGGAAUUAAGGGGAAUGAAAAAGAUGAUUAUUUUGCAAAACAAGCACUUCAACGAGAAGAAUAGUUGGGAAUACCUUUUGGCAUGGGUGAGGUCAAGGCUUAUGUGAAAAACAUAAUCAAAAGAGAAUGGCAAAAACUUGGGAAUGGAGGUCCCACAGGACGGCAUUUCUAUAAGGCGCAGCGUGUAGAAACAGAAGGGAACAAACAAUCGAUCAUAAGAUUAAGAUUAGGACAUACAGGGCGGAAUGGGAAAAUGCAUUUAAGUGGGAAGCACUGUAAAGGUUUGUGUGAAUGUGGAGUAGAGGAGGAGCGUGUCGAACAUGUUAUUUGUUAUUGUCAAAGUUAUGGAGGCGACGAGAUGAGUUGAAGAAAAGUGAGGUUCCACUAUUUAAUCUCAUAAAUGUACUGAACACUGAAAUUAAGAUCAAAGCCUUGUUUCAGUUUUUAAAUGAAAUAUGAUUGAUAAAGAGAAUCUAGUCUAAAGUAUAUAUUUUUUUUUAUUAUUGAUUUAUUUUGCUCCUUAGUACU